GUGGUAGUAGUAACGCUCAACACCCCCUCAACUCCCACCACGCACCUCGGCACAACCUGCAGCUCCUUCACCUCCGUCUCCCUCACACCCCCCAUCAUCUCCUUCUGCGUGCGUACCCCCUCCCGCACCUCGCACGUCCUCACAACCCACCCAACCGGCGAUUUCGCCGUCCACAUCCUCUCCAAACACCAAACCGCCGCCUCCCUCGCCUUCUCCUCCCCACGUACCCAACACGACCUCUCAGCCUUCCCCCACCACAUCGACGCCUGCACCUCCCUCCCCAUCCUCCAUAACUGCCUCGGCGUGCUGAUAUGUAGAGUGUGUAAGGACAAACGCGUGCAGGUCGGGGAUCAUGAAGUGUGGUUUGGCGAGGUGGUGAGGAUUGUACCUGGCGUGGGCAGUGUGAGUGGGGAGACGAGCAUGGAGCCGUUGGUGUAUUAUGAGAGUUCGUAUAGGAGUGUGGGGGAUGAGGUGUUCAUGGAGCGGUUGGAGAAGGGGGGUUUGUCGUUUAGGGAGUGGACGCAUCGUGCGCAUUUGAGGAUGGCAUGGAUCUACCUCCGCGAAUCGACCAAAAAGGAAGACGCAUUCCCCAAAAUCAAAAAAGCAAUCCAAACCCACAACGCCGCAAACGCCCACCUCAUCAAACACGGCUACAACGAAACCAUCACCUGGUUCUACCUCCACCUGAUCGAUCUCGCCUUGAAAGAUCACCAUCUUCACUCCUCCGCAUCCGCAUCCUCAUCUUCCUCAAUAACACCGGCGGUGAACCAAAACGAAGACUUUCUGGAUUUCAUCGCCCGGUACCCCGUGCUGGAAGACCGCCGGGUCGUCGGGCGGUACUACUCCGCCGAUGUGUUGAGGAGCGAAGGCGCACGGGAACGGUGA